AGCGUAUUCUGAAGAUAAAGUAGAGUAAAAAAAUCUUAAUACAAAAAUGUAAAAGUAAAAAUCAAUAUUAACUGUGAAGUCGAUAACAAAUAAUAAAACAAUGUGCGUGCUAUAUAACUACGGGCCUGCGAAUUCUAUUAAUCUCUUUAAUCGAUUAUAAUUUAAAAACUACUAUAGCCUCGAUAUUUUUGUAUUAGGAUUUUCGACUCUACUUUAUUUUCAGAAUAUGCUAUUAAAAUAUCUUACGGUGGUUGUGAGACACUUUGUAUACAUGAUAACAAAAUACAAUGUAUUUGUAGUAAUCACACUACGAAUAUCACAAAACGAUAUAGAACUUUUAUGUUUACUUCGAUCUAUGCCUCCCCGGGAGUUUUGAAGGUUGUUCUGAGACAUCCCCUGUGUGUGUCAUAUAUGAUUUUGAGAAUUUUACAAUUUAGAAUUUAUAUUCAUAAGCGACCAGAAAACCCUGUAUAUUUAUUUAACAAAAAAUUUGUUCGUAAUUACUAAAUUACAAUAUUUUAUGAUCGCCUUAUUGGAUCAGUUAUUUUGAAUUUUACAAUUCUGACCUCGGAUUCGUUUCGGAUUAAUGACUAAAAACAUCUUAAUAUAUAUACAACUCAUUAAAAUUUGAUCAGCACGAAAGACUUAGGACUUUAAGGGUUAACGAAGGCCAAGUUGGGCCAAUGGAACGAUCUUCCCUCGGCUAAUUAACCUACGAUUAAUCAGAUGACAAUUCCGUCCAUUUGAAAUCGGUAAAUCGGCUCCACUGGCUACGAUGAUGACACUUGCUCGGAGAUAUGUUAAUAGAAAUGUUGAACUGACUCAACACUGCGAAAAGAUUCUCAACAACAAGAUGAGGUAAGCGUCUAGCCUCGUGCAAGCCUCAACAAGGUGAACCUUAGGCUGCUUGCAUCAUCGUGCGAUCGGCACCGGCGAGCGAACGUCGACUCAUGGCAUUCGAAAACCGCGUCUACUCUCGAAUACGCGCUCCUCGUAUAGCUCUGGUUAGGCCUUAAAUCCGAACGUACGUCGUGUGUUUUGCAAAAUAUCUUGAAGAAAAAGGAAGAUAAGACACGAAUUCUUUAGCGCGCGAACGGCGACCUGCAAUUCUGUUACAAGUGGUGCAUGUUGCAAGUUAUUUAGGAAACCUGUCACGUGUCUGUGCCGUUGAUUAUGUUACAUUUUGUGAGAGUCAGACUCGCGAGAUGAUCGCAUCAGCCUGUGUAUAAUUACCGAACGUGCGCAGAGACGUUCGCCUGAAUCGCGUUGGCGUACACAACCGUAUUCAUAUUCUCAUGUGCAUGUGUGCAUGUCGCGUGUACCAGUGUCGAAGAACGAGUAUACAAGUGUUGUUGAGCCGAAAACGACUCCGGGGGAUCACCAGGACAGUACCGGAAGAGGAUCGGAGGAUCGGCUGAAUAUAGACAAGCAGCAGGCUGAUGCUGCUGAUACUGCUGAUGCCAAGAGAGAAGAGAAACUGAAGUUUCGCGACGGUCCCGACAACAUGCCGGAGCUUAAUGACAAUCACGGUGUGCAGGAGGACGAGCAGCUCAGUCUGGACUUGAACGAACCCACGUCGGAAGUCAUGGAAUACGCCAGAAGGGAGCUCGGGGAGACCGACGAGGUCAAAUGUCAGACACUUCAGGAGUUUCGCGACAUGAUUUAUGAGAUAGGCGAGUGUUCACCACACAGGAUGGACGAUGCCUUUCUCAUUCGAUUCCUUCGCGCCAGAAACUUCAAUCUGAAGAGCGCACAUAGGCUGAUAGUGAAUUACUACAACUUCAAAGAGGAACAUCCGGAGAUACAUCAGCAAAUACAUAUGAAGGAGAUGAAGUACAUAGGCGACAACGACGUCAUCACAGUACCGACCUACAGGACCCAGUGUAGCAGACGUAUGAUUAUCUACCGUAUGGGCAAUUGGAACCCGCGUAAAUACCCCGUGGAGGAUAUCUUCAAAGCCACGGUGAUCGUACUCGAGCUAGGUAUCCUCGAGCCCAUUGCGCAGAUUAUGGGUGGUAUUGUGAUUUUCGAUCUUAAGGACAUCACUAUGGCGCACGCAUGGACCGUAACACCUCAGGUGGCGAGCAUGAUGCUGUCACUGAUGGUGACUUCGUUCCCCAUCAAGACGCACGCAAUACACAUUCUGAACCAGUCAUGGAUUUUCGACGCGAUCUUUGCGGUCUUUAAGCCAUUGCUCGACAACAACAUGCGUAACAGAGUACACUUCCACGGCAGCAAUUAUGAGAGCCUCCACAAACACAUCUCGCCCGAGUACCUGCCAAAGAUGUACGGCGGUACGAGAAACGAAAUCCCCUAUUACAAAUGGAUCGAAUCCUUAGUGAAGGAUCCCAGGAUCAUCGACGAGAUAAGGAAAGUAGGCUACGUCGACACGAAUGAGAUCUACGAAUGCUUCAAUAUCAAGUGACAUAAAAACGUAUAAAAAUGUCUCUUUUUCAAAACGUAUAAAAAUGUCUCCAUCGAGAUAAGUGGAUUCGUUAAAUUUGAUAUAAUAAGACGAAUAAAUACAGAAUCAGUAAUAGGCCCGUAAUUCCGCCCGAAGUCCUGGGAUCGCUCUCGUAAGAUCCAAGAUUUCACAGAAAAUUCCGUGUUAUCGCGUAAUUAUUAUGCAGAAACGCGAGAUAUUGAUUUUCCGAGUGAUAAACGCGAUGACUGUGCACGCGUAUAAUCGAUAUCUCGUAAUUCCGUGAAUCUUUUGCGCGCUAUUACGGCGCGACUAUUUAACCUUCAUAUUUUUAUUAUCACUGUCGACAUUUGCGUUUCUGUAGUGUGUCCAUGUAUGUAUAAUGGACGUAUCGUUUCUAGAACGACACUGUCAUGAAUGUUUAUAAAUGCUGUCAAUAAAUGAGGAAACAAUAUAUUCUUCGCA